AAAAAGAAAUUCAAGUUUAAAAAAGCCAUUGAAAUUUAUUCCUUGAACACUUCUUAGAAUUUAAGACUAAAUUGCAACCUUCGAUGAUAAUUAUUAAACCUUGGGCCGGUUCAUAACUUUUUUCCGAUUAAUCGUAAACUGCAUUGACUCUGAAGCGUGAUAUUGAAACUUCCGGCGGAAAUGCAAAUAAUACUCUAUCCAAGGUAACUGAGAAACACGAAAUCAUUUGUUGCAAAUUAUUCGCAACGUGCACAAAAGAAAAAAUUACCUUCAGUUUGUAUACCAAUCGUCUCGAGUCUAGUGCAACUUUACAUAAAAAAUUAUAAUUUCUUACCUAAUCACAAAUGUGCAUAGCUUUAAAUUUAAUUCAAAACUUAUCUUCAAAAUUUAUUUUGCAAAUAAAGUGAAUCUAAUUUGUUUUACCUUGUUAUUGAGUAUAUAAAAAACUGCAAGAAUGAGAAUCGCUAUACUAAGUUUAUAUUUAUUAAAAUUUAAAAUAUUUUUUCUCCUGUCACUCUUAUGGUUUUUUGUAAAAGCCCAAUCUUGGCCAAACUAUUAUUCGAAUGAAACGGGUUUGGAUAUUCCUUUUUCUUGUUCAGCAUCCAAAAAGUGUGUUCCAUUGCACAAUUGCCCAGAGCUAUUGAUUUUAAUGCGCCAACAGGCGCUUCCAGUUUACAGUUUACGUGUUUCAAUUUGCGGGUACAAUGAAGCAAGCCUCAAAGUUUGUUGCGAUCUGCCUGAAGGUUCAAUUGAAGCGAUUUCUGAUCCACACCCUGUCUACAAUCUUCAAUGUGGACAGAGUUUAAUUCGAAGCAAUUCAGAAACAUUAGGAACUUAUCCAUUUCUAGUUCGAGUCAGCUUCGUGAAUUUUGCAAACGCAGCUGUAAUGUAUCCUUGCAGUGGUGUAAUAAUAAAUGAGAGAACAAUUUUGACGACUGCGACGUGUGCCCUCGCCACUUCCGGAAAUUAUCAGUUACACUCUGUUAUGGUUGGCGAUUUCGAUGCUUCAACAGAUCCGGAUUGUAAUUCCCUCUUUUGUAGCCAUAAGGCUAGGCAUUAUGGCAUUUCGCAUGUAAUUAAAUAUCCGAGCUUUGAAUUGCAAAGUUAUACAAAUAACAUCGCUCUCCUUCGUUUGUCAGCUGAUAUAGAGUUUACUGCCACAGCACAGCCAAUAUGCCUUCCUCCAGCUCAAUUAUUCGUAAGUGAAGGCAAAAUAGGAACUCUGGUUGGAUGGGGUAAAUUAUCUUUUCAAAGAGAUAAACCUUCAAUUCAACAGUGGCUAAAAAUGAGGUUGAUUUCGCCCCAGGAGUGUUCUUAUUUUAUAAAUCGUGGAUUAUCUGUGGAAUUAUGUGCACGAGGAGAACAAGAACCAUGUUCUGGUUAUAGUGGUGCUCCACUUAUUAGCAGAGAGGGCGAUAACUUUUUUCUAAUUGGAGUUGUAUCUUAUGGUGCUGACUGUGAUUCGAGAUCAAGUGCGCCAACAGUCUUUGUUGAUGUUCAAAAAUAUAUUGAUUGGAUUAGGAGAAACUUAUGAAAUUAAAAUAGUAACUUGAAAAUUUGCUAUUUUCAAUUAAUUGAUCAACUGUACAAAAAAAAUAG